UCCGGUGCCCACAGAGGAACACGGGGCCGUCGCCCUCGUCUCGUCCAAUCACAAAGGAGGCGUCAGUUGGGUCCUCGUGUCAUUGGGUCAAAGUUUCUCCGCCUCGUAUAAAUAAAAACAAGUCACACGCGAGCGGGUAGUUGAGCGACUGUGAUCCGUGACUGCUCCGUCUGAACCCGGCGCCAGCAGCACUAACAUGUCGGUCGACAGCGUGUUCAGGACCCGCUCUCUCGGAGUGGCCGCGGAGGGUCUCCCUGACCAGUAUGCCGACGGUAAAGCGGCCAAAGUGUGGCAGCUGUACAUCGGUGACACGAAGAGCCGGACGGAGGAGUACAAGAGCUGGGUGGUGUCUCUGCUGAAGGAGCGCGGCGUGCGGACGGUGCUGGACGUCGCCUGCGGAACAGGAGUGGACUCCAUCAUGCUGGUCGAGGAGGGCUUUAACAUGGUGAGCGUCGACGCCAGCGACAAAAUGCUCAAGUAUGCACUGAAAUCAAGGUGGGACAGAAGAAAAGAGCCAGCGUUUGAUCAGUGGGUUAUUGAAGAGGCCAACUGGCUCACGCUGCAAGAAGAUAUCCAGAAGCCAGCGACUGGCUUUGAUGCCGUUAUCUGCCUCGGCAACUCAUUUGCCCAUUUACCAGACUUUAAAGGGGACCAGAGUGACCAAAAGCUGGCCCUUCACAACAUUGCCAGCAUGGUUAAACCAGGUGGGAUCCUCAUCAUUGACCAUCGUAACUACGACUACAUCUUGGAGACUGGAAAGGCCCCACAGGGCAAAAACAUGUACUACAAGAGUGAUCUCACUCAGGAUAUCACCACCUCAGUGCUGUGGGUCAACAGUAAGCCUCACAUGAUCACGCUGGACUACACCAUCCAGGUGCCUCAGUCUAAUCCUCACGACCUUCCUGAAGUCAGUAACUUCCGUCUGUCGUACUACCCUCACCGUGUGGAGAGCUUCAGCAGCAUGCUGACCGAGGCCUUCAGCGGCAAAAUCAAGCACAGCGUCUACGGAGACUUCAAGACUUAUGUCCCCGGGCAGACUCAGGCUCCCUGUUACUUUGUCCAUGUGUGUCAGAAGACAGCCUGAGAGCCCUGCCAUCAACCCCACACACACACACACACACACACACGCACACACACACACUCUCACUCUGCUAGACAAGUCAUAAAGGUUCUGGACUUUUUUAACGUGUUCAUAAAUGUUUCCUGUCAUAUAGAAACAGUGAAGACAGUCAUGUCCCUGAUGGACCGCAGACAGAACCGGCCACCAAAAGUUUUAUUUCCCUUCAUAAAAGAUUUGAAACUGAAAAACCAAAGCAAACACUAAACCUCUCAUAUUCUCAUAUUUGUCUAAAAUGAUCCUGAUGAUGAAAUGAUUCACACAGUGUUAAACAGAAUGUGUGCUUUUUACCGUGUGUUGCUCCGGGUUCAGACUCUGUGACCUCUGACCUCUGCGGUGAACGGUUCACGAUGGAGUAUUUGCUUUCUGUAACCUACAUGUCAAAUAGUUAGUUCAGUUUUUACAUCGAGACACAAACUUAACAAAGCGAUGUUUUUAAUAUCAGGACAGCGAGUUUAUUUUGCUUGUUAUGAAGCUAAAAUAUGUUUGUUUUUUUUUCCUCUUGUUCACACUGGAAAUCCAUGUUUUCUUUUAACGCAGCUUCCUGCUCUCAGGCCCGUCAGUGUCAUUACUUCAUACAACUACACUUAGAACCUGAACUGUCCCUUUAACUCUUCACUAAAACUCUUAAAUCCCCAGCAGCUACAUGACCUUUGACCCGCUCUGAAUUUGGAGAUGAACAUGUUUAUUGAUCUUUGUUCAAACGGUUCACAGUAACACGAGUUCUAAAGUUAAAUAACAGCGCUUUGAUACUUUCAUCUGAACACUGUUUGCUUUUUACACUUAAGAGUUUAUAAAGUUUAUUGCUUUCAUGAUCAUUAGGAUUUGUUUGCAUUUGACAUUAAAACAUUGGUCGCCUUCA